AUGAUAGGAGCUGAAAAUAAAACACUGCUUUGUUUCUGUCACUGGGGCAGGAAGAAUAAGGUGCUACCAGAUGGAUCCAUUUCGUAUGGGGGAGGUAUUACUGAUCAGGUUAUUGUAAAGACAGGCAUAAAGUACAAUGAUUUUGUGAAUGCAGUUUUUGACCGAUUAGGCAUUGAUCCUUCAGGCAGGAUCUUGCAUUUUACAGUGAAGUUUGAUAGGUCCGACUUAGUACGGCUGAGGGACCAAAAAGGCAUUGAUACCCUGUUACAAUUUAAUGAUGGGUUUGCUCAUGUUUAUGUAUCAAGUUUGGAGGAGGAACCUAAUUCUAGACCGCCAUCAGGUCAUGUGGAAAAAGUUGUACUUGUUGGUUAUUCUGAUUCAGAAGCAGAUACAACUCCGGCAGGUGAUGAUGAGAAUGAAUUGGCAAACCCUCUGAAGAAGGCACGGCUCCAGUCAGCUGGAGAUAGUAAGCCUUUGAAGAAAGCAACGGCUAAUCAGUCAGCCAAAGCUGGAGACGGUAAACCUCAGCAGAAUGAAGCUGUUGGUGGUGAUAAUCAAAAGCAUGCCGGUGUAACUAGGUCAUGCAGUAAAUCGAUGGAAAUAUUAAAUCAAAAUGGAGUGGGCCUUCCUGAAGGGAAUGUGCAAAACAACAAUUCCAAGAUUAAGAUAGUUAACAAACAGGCUUCUUUACCGACAUCAGGCUGCGCAAAAAAAGUUAAAGUUGAACUCAUUGUUAAUUCUGAUUCAGGACCAAGUACAAUUCCUGAUAAUAAUCCUCCCAAGGUGUAUGAUUAUCCUGAUCCUGAAUUCCGUGAUUUUGACAAGCAUAAAUCAGAAAUUUACUUUGCAGCUGACCAGAUCUGGGCUUGCCAUGAUGCUGAUUUCAUGCCAAGAUUCUAUGCCCGCAUUAGAAAGGUAUCUAGUCCUGAAUUUAAGAUAAAGCUGAGAUGGCUUGAGGCUCAUCCAGAAGAUGAAAGGGAGCGCGCAUGGGUCAGGGCAGACUUGCCUGUUAGCUGUGGGAAAUUUAAACGUGGGAGCUCCAAAUAUACUUCUGAUCGACUUAUAUUUUCUCAUCAAAUGCAGUGUGAAAAGGACAAGAGAGGUCUGUAUAUUGUAUAUCCCAGAAAAGGGGAAACAUGGGCUCUUUUCAAGGAUUGGGAUAUUCGUUGGAGCUCCGAUCCUAAGAGUUACAGGAAGUACAAGUAUGAAAUUGUGGAAGUUCUUUCUGAUUUUGUUGGGGAUGCUGGAAUCCAAGUUGGUUACUUGGAAAAAGUGACUGGAUUUAUUAGCAUAUUUCAGCGAACAAGGCCGACUGUAGUUGGUGCAUUCUUUGUAAAGCCCAAAGAACUUUAUAAGUUCUCUCAUCGAAUUCCCUCUAAAAUGUCUGGAACUGAACGAGAGGAUGUACCCGUGGGAUCGUUUGAACUUGAUCCUGCUUCUUUACCCCUCAAUCCAAAUGAUAUUUGGUGCCCUGGGAAAUAG